AGGCGGGGCAAUGUGCAAUGACGUUUCAGAGCGGGCUGGACGAGAAGGCUGGAAUCGGGAUAAUUUGCAGAUGAUGGGAAUUAUACUGCACUGUGCUGCUCUUGGUUUCCUAUAGCCCUGUUGGUCCAACUCCGGACAGUUUGAUGAUAGCGGUUUUGGUGGGAGCCUGCUGCGUGUGGCAUGGGCACUGGGGAUUAUAUCUGUGUAACGGUGCGCGGAGGCGCGCCCUGGGGCUUCAGUCUCUGCCAAGGAGAGGGGGAUGCCUACCGACCUUUGCAGGUUUAUCAGGUGGAAGAGGGGGGUCGUGCAUCCCUGGCCGGGGUUUGUGAGGGGGAUGAGGUGGUGUCGCUGAAUGGAGAACCCUGCGGUGACCUUUCCCUCCCAGAAGCUAUUGCUCUCAUUGACGCCUGCGUCAACUGCCUGCAAUUACUGGUCAAAAGAUGCUGUGCACUAACCCCCGGGGCAUUUAAUUCAGAGGAGACCUACUUUGGCACAAGGGAGUCCUCUGGUGAGGCUUUGGAAAGCACCAACCUCCGCAUCCUGUCCCUUUGCAGGUCCCAACCACCCAGAGAGCUCUACAUCGCUGAGUCCCAGGAUGAGACCUACUAUGGGGAGACGGAGAGUGACACGGAGGCCGCUAGAGGGACCCAUCUGGUCCGUACCCAGAUCUGCGGCCCAGAGUCCCAGUUACUCGGAGGGGGAGAAUACGGAGGUCGAGUAGGACCCCAGGGAGGGGGUUUCGCCCCAGGGGCAAUGGUGGAGCUCCAGUUGUCCCUCUCUGAACACACCCUGGAGGAUCCUGUCUGCACCUCCCUGGGGAGUGCUCUUGGAAUAGAGGGGGAGAUCCAGGCGAGAGAGGCCCUCCAGAACAAGGCCCUCUUCCAUACCACCACCCACUCGCUCUACGUCUGUGGCCCAGCUAGGGAGCCCCUAAGUCAGCAUGGAGUGGUGGAGAUCACCCUGCAGCAUCCCGCAGCCAGAAGGGGUUCUCCAUGUCUGGUAGAGGGGGAGGGUGCCUGUGGGGCCAGUGGAAAUGUUGGUGGAGCCCCCAGGGAGGAAGGAGCAGGGCAAAGCCAGGGAGCUCCUGCCUCCUUCACUGUCUCCUUCGGAAUUCCCAAAGAGGGUGCCGAGCCAGCAGAGGAGCCAGACUCGGAUUCGGAGAAGGACCUUGGGAAACCCAACAAGCACCGGGCCAGGCACGCCAGGCUCAGGCGCAGUGAGAGCCUGUCAGACAAGCAGGUGAAGGAGGCCAAGUCUAAAUGUAAGCGCAUUGCUAUUCUUCUGAACGCUGACGCUCCCAACCCCAACAACAAGGGGGUGUUGAUGUUCAAGAGGCAUCGACAGAGGGCCAAGAAGUACACACUCGUCAGCUACGGCACUGGUGAGAGCGAACCAGAGUACGAGGAAGACGACAGCGAGGAAGACUACGAGGAAAAAGACCCCAGAGCGAUCAAAUUUACCCUCUUAGCCACCACCAGCGAUUCAGAGCUUGACGAGGACUUCUUUACUAAUGCCCAUGGUGGAGGCAGAGUGAUAACCUGCGACUGGGACACGGGACUACUCAAUAUCGAGCGCAAGCUCAAUUCCGGAGAGGAGAUGGAGCAACUGCCCAACACCACGGGCAAGGGGGCCACAAUGUUUUCCCAGCGCCGCCAGCGCAUGGACGAGAUCGCUGCCGAACAUGAGGAGAUGAGGCGCCAGGGGAUUCCUGUGGAGGGAGUGCAGGAGGUGGAGAAGCAUGCAGCCUACCAGCAGAUGGAGGAGCGCUCGUACAUGCAGGCCACCACAGAGAGCCAGGCCUACAUGGACGUGAACGUGCACCAGAAGCAGCAGCAACAGUAUCAGCAGUUCCAAGAACAGCAGUAUUACGAGCAGCAACAGCAGCAACAGCAGCAAUACCAGCAGCAGCAGCAGCAGCAGCAAUACCAGCAGCAACAACAGUACGAGCAGCAGCAAUACAACCAGCAGCAGCAAUACCAGCAGCAACAACAGUACGAGCAGCAGCAGUACCACCAGCAGCAGCAAAUUCAACAGUACUCAUCUAACAUAAAUGGCGUCGCCAAACACCAAAGCAAUGAAAUGCAGAGUUCCAUGAGCAAUCGAACCCCCCAACCCUUCUCGGUACAAAACCAGGUGCCCGUCCCAUUUCUUACCCCAAUGAGUGGGAACAACCAAGAAGCGAUGAGUCAGGGGGAGCAGAUUGCCUCGCGCGACGAGCGCAUUUCAACGCCGGCUAUUAAGUCUGGGAUCUUGCAGGACACAAGGAACAGAUUCAAGGGCAAGCCAAUGUUCAAUUUCAAACAGGCUCCCAAAGUUCCACCCAACCCGGAGCUUAUGAAUCUCCUCAACAGGAGUGACAAGAAGUUGGAUUUCGAGUCAGCUACGGAAGAGGACUACCUUAGCUUGGGGGCUGAGGCUUGCAACUUUCUCCAGUCACCAAGGGUCAAACAUAAGACGCCUCCACCAGUCGCUCCCAAGCCCAUCAUUAAUCCCAACUCUCCGCCUUGGUCCCCUCAGCCUGAGCUGGCCAACCAGGAGUUGCCACUGCAUGCUGAAAAUAGUGUCCCCGCACCUGCUACAGCCUCCGACCUGGAGUCCGCCCCUGCUCCAGAACUGGAUCCAACCCCUGUACCGGCCCCAGAACCCUCCCCCCCUCUUGCACCCCAGGACGUUCCUGCCAACACCCCCUCUCCAGAAGAACACACAUGGAGUCCCCCAGGGUCCCAGGCAGAGCAGCAGCCCCAGCAAGCGCCAGCCUGGGGAAGAAAUGGACCUUCUCCACCUCAGCUUCAUUCGCAACCCGAGCCUCAAGUGAGUUCUAAGCCUCCACCACAAACACAGGCACAACAGCAGCCACAACUGCAGCCACCCGUGAGUACUUGGACACCUGCUGAAAUGAAGCCCCAAGCUCCAGCUCCAAGUCAGUCCCCACCACAGCUCCCUUGGGUGACUCCCCAACCUCCUCCUCCUCAGCCUCAAGCUCAGCCUCAGCCACCAAUUAAUUAUUGGGCUGCCCAGCCCCAAUGGGCUCAACCUCAAGAGCAAUCACAGGUCCAACCACCAUGGGUUCAGCCUCAAGAACAAGUACAACAACAGCCCCAGUCACAUUGGGCUCAGCCUCAAGAACAAGUUCAGCAACAGCCCCAGCCACCAUGGACUCAGCCUCAAGAACAAGCACAGGCCCAGCCACCAUGGGUUCAACCUCAAGAACAAGUCCAGCAACAGCCCCAGCCACCUUGGGCUCAGCCUCAAGAACAAGUUCAGCAACAGCCCCAGCCACCAUGGACUCAGCCUCAAGAACAAGCACAGGCCCAGCCAUCAUGGGUUCAACCUCAAGUUCAGCAACAGCCCCAGCCACCAUGGGCUCAGCCUCAAGAACAAGUUCAGCAACAGCCCCAGCCACCUUGGGUUCAGCCUCAAGAACAUGUACAGCAACAGCCCCAGCCACCAUGGGGUCAACAACCUCAGCCUCCACAACAGGCUUGGCCCCAGGCCCAGGCCCAGCCUCAGCCACCUUGGGUGUCAUCACCUCAGCCUCCAAUGAAUGCAUGGACACCACCACAGAGCCAGGCCCAGCCACCACAGCCACCUUGGGCCCAAUCAGCCCAACCCCAACCUACAGGUCAGCCCCAACCCCAUAUGAAUACAUGGUCCCAAGCACCUGCUCAGGCUCAAGCACCUGCUCAGGCUCAAGCACCUGCUCAGGCUCAGGCUCAAGCACAGCUACCCAUUAAUGCCUGGACCCCAGAUCAGAAUCAGGUCCAGCCACAGUCACAUUGGGCCCAAACAACUCCAACCCAAUCCCCAUCCCAGCAAUGCUGGCAACAGCCACCUCCACAGCAGACACCCCCACAGCCACCUAUGAAUGCAUGGGCCCCGGCUCAGGCACAGCCUCAGACACACACAAGUACCUGGGCCCCACAACCACAGCAAGCCCCAGUAAAUACCCAGACCCCGAUGGACAGAGUGGCUCAAACUUCUCCGAAACCUGGGAAUGCCCAACAAAAUGCUCCCCGUUCUAUUCCUCCACCUCGCCCACAGCGAAUGAAUUCUUACACGCUUGGAGAAAGGUCAUCGUCACCCCUCAUCAAUCCAAUGGCCAGCGUGUUGGUACCAGUGCGAGGCAUGGGCUCAGCUUUGUCGAUGCCGGCUGUUACGGGGAAAGGAGCUGAUUUGUUCGCCAAGAGGCAGUCUCGUAUGGAGAAGUAUGUAGUGGAUUCGGACACUGUGCUGGCAGCCACUGCACAGGCAGCCCAGCAAGCCCAGGCAGCCACUGCGCAGGAAAACAAGGCAAGGUCCACAUCGCCCUCUCCCUCCGUACCUCAUUCGUGGAAAUAUUCACCCAAUUGCAGAGCUCCCCCUACAUCAAAUUACAACCCCAUACAGUCCCCGUCCUACCCACCAGGGGCCAUUAAGCAACCCCCUCCAUCUAGCCCUAUGGCCAAAGCCAAGAAAGGGAAAGGCAAACCUGCCUGCAAACCCCUUGCUGUUAUAGAUGUUAUGAAACAUCAGCCAUAUCAGCUCAAUGCCUCCCUUUUUACAUAUGGCCCAGCAGUGGAGGCUGCCGAGGCUGCCAAGGCCGCUGCACCAAAGCCUGCCCCAGCCCCUGCCCCAGUCCCUCCAAACCAAAACCAACCAAUCAGUUAUGAGCAACUUUCCCCUGUCCAGCCGGCUGGACCAAUGAAUUCUGCCUAUCCACAGCAGCCCCAGCAGCCCUAUGGGAUGCCCCCUCAACCACACAUGCACGAUAGUCCCUACCACCAAGUCCCACUUAAUGCUUACCAGCCACCUAAUAACCCCUACCAGCAAGCUCCUGCUGGCCCUUACCAACAACCAUAUAAUCCCCUUUACCAACAAGCCCAUCCAGCCCCUUAUCUACCCCAGCACCAUCCCCAGCCCCAAGCUCCAAACUCUUCCUACCAACCGACCCCCCAAGGUCCAUAUCAGCCAGCCCAUAGCCCCCCUUACCAAGCAGCACCCCAAGCCCCCUACCAGCCACUACCUCCCAGUACCUAUGUGGUCCCCAGCUUUCCGAUAGCGGCAAAGCCUGAGUCCAUCUCUGGGGGCAGCACCGCUCCAAAGCCCAGGUUCAUGGCCAAAAAGAGUUCAGCCCAGGAGUUUGGCCGGAGCUACAAUCUGUCCCCACCCGCCGCCAAAGCACCAUCGCUGGGCCUCCGGUCAUCGUCUGGAUCCCCCUUUCCCUCAUACAAACCCCUGGUACAGGCCUCGUCUGCUCAGGCCCCCCCGGUGAGGCAGACGUCAUGGCUGGACAGGAGUCACAAGCCUCCUUCCCCCUGGGAGGCCGCAGCUCACCACCCCAUGGGCCUGGUUGACGAGGCCUUCGCCUUCCAGAACCUCCAGCAGGCCAUCGCCUUCAACGUUCGCUCGGCUGCCCAGCGCAAGCUCCUCCCUGAGCCCCCUGCCGAGUGGAAGGCUAGGGUGUCUGACGACCCUCCCAGGAAGACCGAGGUAUGGAACCCGAACCAAAGAUGGAACAAGAGACAGAGCUGGGGUCAGAGCCAGGGUCAGAACCAGGAUCAGAGUCGGAGUUACAGCAGAGUUAUGCCUCCAUUCUUGUCCCCGACCAAGAGCAUAGCCUCGGCCCCCACUGGUCCGACUGGCUACAGGUCCCUGCCCAGACAGUGGCAGCCACAGAGGUCCCUGACGGAGACCAACAUCGGGCCCUCUGGGGCUAUUCAUGGGUACGGAAGGCCCCUUGGGGGCCAGCAGCAGCCGAGCUACAGAUCUGUGUACCACACUAACUGGAGCUGGAGACGCUAGAGGCAGACAAACAUGAUGGUUACUUCAUAACAACACCAAAAAGUAACUCCAGGAUAUUCAGAUGAAGCUGGUAAUUGUGGCCAUAUAUAUCACCAUUAAAUAAAACUUGGGACAAUGGGAUAACACAUUGAUUGAGGAGAGUGAGGGGCUAGCUAUUAUGUUUGUGAUGUGUAUAGGAGAGAGUUUAAGAGGGAGGUCUGUUUUAGAUCUGCUUAUUCGGUUUCACUGAGAAUACUGCUAGGAGUAUACAGAUGAUGACAUUCCCGCACCAGAAUUUAGUUGAGAGAGACAGACUGUUGCAUUGCAUUCAAGUGCGCAUAAAUACCAGACAGAUUAAGCCAGUAAAUGUUUUGUUAUUGGGGACACUGUCAAUGAUGGUUCUAUUUUAGCAAAUGGGCCACUAUUGAGUUUAACUUUAUCAAGUUUUCAUUGGACAAAAAUCAAUGAGUGAUUGACGGUGCAAUUCCACCCUUCUUUUUGCUUCAGAGGCUUUCAUUUCGUCCAACACUGUGAGGCGAUAGUGGCAUUCAAAGUAAGUGAAAUCAAUAGUAUUUCUUUAGAGGACGUAAUGGGCAUAAAGUAUGUUGUAAGGCAGAAAGUGUAAUUGGUAUGUAUAAAAAUGAAAGGAUAGGAGUAAUGAAUGGACAGGUACACUGAACAAAAUAUAAACGCAACAUGUGAAGUGUUGGUUCCAUGUUUAAUGAGCUGAAAUAAAAUAACCCAGAAAUGUUCCAUAUGCACAAAAAGCUUAUUUCCCUCAAUUUUUUUGUGGGCAUUUCUCCUUUGCCAAGAUAAUCCAUCCACCUGACAGGUGUGGCAUAUCAAGAAGCUGAUUAAACAACAUGAUUAUUACACAGGUGCAUCUUGUGCUGGGGACAAUAAAAGGCCACUCGAAAAUGUGCAGUUUUGUCACACAACACAAUGCCACAGAUGGCUCAAGGUUUGAUGUAGCAUGCAAUUGGCAUGCUGACUACAGGAAUGUCCAUCAGAGUUUUUGCCAGAUAAUAUGAUGUUAAUCUCUCUACCAUAAGCCACCUCCAAGAUUGUUUUAGAGAAUUUGUCAGUACUUCCAACCGGCUUCACAACCGCAGACUACGUGUAUGGCGUUGUGGAGGCGAGUGGUUUGCCGAUGUCAACGUUGUGAACAGAGUGACGUAUGGUGGAGGUGGGGUUAUGUUAUGGGCAGGCAUGGGCAGACAACGAACACAAUUGCAUUUUAUCGAUGGCAAUGGCCUGCAUACUCACCAGACAUGUCACCCAUUGAGCAUGUUUGGGAUGCUCUGGUUUGAUGUGUUCCAGUUCCUGCCGAUAUCCAACAAUUUAGCACAGCCAUUGAAGUGGAGUGGUACAAUAUUCCACAGGCCACAAUCAACAGCCUGAUCAACUUGAUGCGAAGGAGAUGUGUCGCACUGCAUAAGGCAAAUGGUGGUCACGCCAGAUACUGACUGGUUUUCUGAUCCACGCCCCUACCUUUUUUUAAGGUACUGUGUCAGUGGCCAACAGAUGAAUAUUUGUAUUCCCAGUCAUGUGAAAUCAAUAGAUUAGGGCCUAAUGAAUUUAUUUAAAUUGACUGAUUCCUUAUGUGAACUGUUACUCAGUAAAAUCUUUGAAAUUGUUGCAUGUUGCGUUUGUAUUUUUGAAAAGUAUAUAUUUGUGUCAAAGACCUUGAAUGCUGUGGGAAGUAUACCUGCUAUGUUUGCUGUGCAUCAUACAGAUCACCCACUCUCACCAAUGAACACAGCACAAGGCAAGUGUGAAAUUGCGGUGCAGUACAAUAAUGUGCGUCGACAAGCUAAAACCUAGUACGAUAGCGUUAGUUGAUAGGACACUAAAGCUGUGGGAAACACACAGCAAAACACAGGUGCUACGAUAGUGGUUGGUGGCGUUAGACACAAAAGGGUCAGGUUUGAUGGUUUUAUGAUGUUGAAGUUCAACUGUGGAUGUAUUUACAAUGCAUCCUGAUUUUUGUGGUGUUUGUGUACUCGCAUGUCUUGUCAAACGAAAUGUGUCAAUAUGAUGCUGGGAAAUGCUUAGGGAGUCAAUUAAAGCCAAGAAAACCAUUUUACACCCAGAGCAAGGAGCUAUGGACACAGGGCUGAAUACUGAUCUGGGAUAUAAAUCACAUCUCAAACAUCCACAUAAAUCAUACAUAUUUAGGUAAGUCCUUUAGAAGACUUUACAUAAAUAUAUCAAGGUCAGGAUUUCAACACUUACUGCAUAUAGUGAGAAGAAAUACUGCUGAUGCCUUAUGGGUCUAAACCAGGCUUAAAACUUUGGAAAUGGAUAAAUCUAUAACUCAGCAAGUUGGGAAGACAGGUUAUUAAGUACGCUCUCCACUUAGAGAGAUCAAUUCAUUAUUUUCCCUGGCUGCCUUUUAUGUACUACAUGAACAUGUGGCAGACAACAAGGGUUGUGUCACAAAUGGCACCCUAUUCCCUAUAUAGUGCACUACAUUUGACCAGGGUAGAUCGGGGGCUCUGGUCAAAAGUAGUGAACUAUAUAGGGAAUGAAGGGGAGAGCAUCAAGCUCUCUAAUUUAUCUAACAGGACAUUCUUUCUCCUGCAAGAUAUUUAUCCAAGUGAUUACACUGUGGGCACAUUAGAGAGAAUAGAGUGAGGGAUGGAAAUGAUGUUCUUGGACUUUGAAAUUUGCUGUUGUCCGUGGCUGGUGAGAAAUAGGCUUCGAGCAAAUAGAUAAUGUAGAAUAAAGUAGAAAAUGAAUGAUUGUAUGUUAAUUAUUUGGUCAUGGAUGUGUAUGAAGUUGAAAUUGUGAGAUACAUCACAUGCGUUUGUCUGUGUUACUUAUUUCUUUCAUUACUUUCCAUAGCAGGCCUACCAACUGUAUGUGUGAAUGCGAUAGAUCAAAUUCUGAAUGUUCAUGUAUUAUCUCUUAUUAUUGCAAGAUUUGAAAUUCUUGUCUCACAGAGUGAACACUAAUAUCUCUCUAUCAUGUGAUUUUAGAUGCCCACUGUAUUUGUGGCAUCAGCAAUGAUGUUUGAGUGAUAAUGAUGUAUUCAUGGUUUUUCUUUUUUGAUUAUUUUACACAAACACUUUCUGUCCAAACAAUUAGCCAAUGUCUUUUUGAACUGUAUAAUUCCGAAGUUCAAAGUGUUCUUUUCGUUGAUUUUGAUUUCUUCAUUGGAUCUCAGUAGGCUACUAUUCUGAGCUGUAUGAGGCAUUUUGGAAAAUAAAAACGCAUUGGCCUACUGA